UUGUCUUGUCUGUUGGAAAGAGAAACAGCAGCAGGUCUUUUGCGUCCCUCCAUCUCUGAACUCCUCUCUGUUGUAACCUAUUGAUGUGGCGCCCCCAUGUGGUGAUACAAACUUUUAGACCUGCAGGCUAACAGACAGCUGCCACAGCAGCCUUACAUAAACAUGAAUGUGACUUUAAACUCUUAUUACUUCUUAUUAUUAUUUAACAGCCUUUUCACCAAAGAUACUGCACAAUUAAAAUAGAUAGAUAUAGAUUAGAAGAAUAAAACCUCAAUUUUCUGUUGAAUAUGAGUACAUUUAUAGCAGUUUAUUCUCUUUUGCUCUUUUAAUAAUAAUGUUCCAGAUGUUUAGAGGAUGCAGAUGUUUUCUGUGUGCUCCUGUUCAGCUCUGUGUGUCUGGGUGUGUGCAGCCUCUCCUUUCAUUUGCGCUCAUGUUGCUUUAUUGAUGCUUUGAGCUCCGUUGCAAAAUGGCCUCUGCCUUUUCAUUUGUCGUUUUUUUUUUUUUUUUUUUCUCUUUUUUCAUUUUUCAGAUUGUACAACUGCUUUACCGCCCCGUUGUUCUCUGUGUGGAUGGUGGCUACAAAGGAGGCAGGCAGCGGCGCACAAGUCCCGCCUGUAUUUCCCCCUGGAAGAGUCUCAGUAUCGGUGCACCCGACUGGGGAUUGGAGCGUCUGCUUGUCAGUAAAUUAGCCCACCCUUCACACAGUGUGUGAGCCAGAUAGUGACAGAUCAACCCCCCCCCACCUCACCCCACUCCUCCUCCUCAUCAGCACGCCACAAUACCCGACCCGGAGUCAUCCGCCGCGCUGUGCCACCUGGCAGGGAUGGAGGGAGAGAUGCAGCUCGCAGAUGAAGGGCCCUGCGCCCCGAAGAUGUGCCGACAACAACGGGGUCCGUACAGCACCCUGAAAACCUUCCAGACCAAGACGGGCAAGUCUCGCUUUGGCAGGUCCACUGUGGUAGAGGUGCCUCUGUUUGGCGACGGACAUCACUUCACUUUUCAUCCCGAGCAGCCUCAUCAUUUCCAGCCGCACCAUCACCACCACCACCACCAGCAGCGUCUGCAGCAGCUCCACCAAACCAGCGUCGCUAUCAGCAGCAGCAGCAGCAGCAGCCAGCAGCAUCACCCGACCCCUCAGCAGCAACAACAACAACAGCAACAGCAUCGUUUCCCAUGUGAGAACAGGCCCAGCAGCAGGAUCCCGACAUCCACCUCAGCGCCGACGGGCAGCGUGGCGGCGGCAGCAUCUCCUGGUACCCAACAGCGGCGCGCCAGCAGCGGCAGAGCGGACACCAGAUUCUCCCCAGACUGCACCUACGGUAUCAGCUCAGAAAAUCGUCUCAUCCUGGAUGCCUUUGCCCAGCAGUGUAGCCGAGUCCUGAGCCUCCUCAACAAUGGUCGUCUCCUGGAGCCCUCCUCCUCAUCUUCAUUCAGCUCUAACAUCAAGCUGGAAGAUGGGCCAGGUGAGGUACAGGGGCUUCACUGUUCUUCAAUGGGGAAGUCCAAACCUGAAGAAAGCUCUUCCACCACAGACCCAGAAGAUGAGUCCCAACAAAGCCAUUUGAACCAACAACAGACCUCUGCUGUUCUCCGCAUCUUCACAGACUCCCUGCAGAACUAUCUGCUCUCAGGGCCUCAGCAGCAGCAAAAUCUGGCUGCAGGUCUGGAGGAUGAGCAGUGUCCGUUGGCGGAGCCCGGUUCAGGGGCGUCUCCUCCGAGACACCACCUGGGAGGCUGGGGCUCGCCGACUCCUUCAGAGUCUUAUGGCAACCCGUCGUCCACGUUGCCUGAGGAGGAAGAGGAGGAGGAGAACUGCUGUCCGCGCUGCCUGGAGUUGGAGCAGGAGGUGCUGUCUCUGCAGCAGGAGAAUGAGGAACUCCGCAACAAGCUGGAAAACCUCCCAGUUCCCUGUCAAAAUGUUCUCGACUACUUCAAGACUGUUCUUGAGUUUCACAACCAGCUGAUCCCGCCGAUGCCAGAGGAGCAGCUCACCGAGGAAGAAGAACGGCAAACAGUUUUCGAGGGAAGUAAACAGCUCUUGGAGAACUAUCCACUCUUCAUCACUAAUAAGCAAUGGGACGAAGCCGUCAACUCCUCUAAGAAAGAUGGCAGACGGCUGCUGCGCUACCUGAUUCGCUAUGUCUUCACCACAGACGAGCUCAAGUUCUCCUGUGGUUUGGGGAAAAGGAAGCGCUCAGUCCACUCAGGAGAUCCAGGCCUGGAGAGACGACCUCUUAACCCCGUCAAAGUCAGCUGCCUCAGAGAGUUCAUCCGGAUGCACUGUGCCUCAAACCCAGACUGGUGGAUGCCUUCAGAGGAGCAGAUCAACAAAGUGUUCAGCGAUGCCGUCGGUCACGCUCGUCAGGGCCGAGCGGUCGGUACGUUCCUGGGCAGCAGCGGCAGCAGCACCAGCAGCCUCUACAUGGAUGCCUUUGAUGGACAUCUGUCACAGGACGAACUGUAUUUAAAAGGCUGCCAGAAUGGCCAAUCGGACUGAAGUUAAAGGAAGAAUUAAAAGACAAAUGCCAGAAAUGUAGCUGUACAACAACAUAUCCCAAAACACUGACCUUAUCCUGUCACUUUACACAGUGAAGAAAACAUUCCAGAAGUUUAUCAAACAAAAUAUAACUAAACUCACUCUGAAGAAGUUUCUUUUUUUAAUUUUGUAGAUUCUUUUGCCAUUUUUAUACUUACAAUUUUGUUUAGUCAAAGUUUUACUCCAAAGGGGUGUUUUAAACAGAAUAUUUGAGUCUUCCAUUUGCUACUUUUUCUAUGGUUUGUUGUUUUGAACAAUUAUGUCACUAUCAGUGAAAUAAUUUUGUUUGUUUUGCUUUGUGUUUUUGGUAUGAAGUAUCAGUGAUUAUUUUUCACACUUUAAACCAUACCUUAAUCAGGAAGCUAUGUGUGUUGCCCAAGUUAGAGACAUUAUAUCCAUCACUGACACUGUACCCUUCAUCACACAAAGUAGCAUUUAAUAUGUUCCUGUGUUAUUGGCGAAGCACCUUUACUUGCAACCCUUCUACAGGAGUGCCUCUGAGAAAGUCAUGUUUUUGUUACCUGUAGUCUUGCACUUGCACACAUCUUAUUUUGAAUUAAUUCUAAUGUGUCAACUUUUAUUUGUUAAAAAAAAGUGCAUUCAAAAACAAAGUCUUUCCAAUGUGUUCAAAAUGCAGCUUUGCUUGGGUUGAAAGGAGUUUUUUCAAAGCUGCUCCUGUUUUCGAACUUCCUCCAGCAGAUUUUAAGAUAUGCAGCUGGAAAAUAAAACUGUCACAUCGUAGAACACCUAUUAAAUUAGGUACACAGACACCCUUAGUGUCAUAUUCACAACUUGUAAAUCUGACUUGUUCUCUAAAAAAUACAACUAAUAAAACUUCCACCAAAAUUUUGAUCCUCUUCAAGAUAUUAACAUUUCAAUAAUGCCUCUGCAGGAACCGUUACAUCUUCAAAGGUUACAUAAGGUCUAAAUCUGUUUGAAAUACUGUAUAUUGCAGUAGAAUAAUGUUCCAUAAAAUUAAUCUAAUUAUUCAAAUGUAGUGUAACAGAGAAAAGAAAUCAAGAAGCUGGUUCUUUUUUAUACUCAUUUCUGCACUCUUUUAUAAAAAUCUACAAUUAUCUUAUUCAUCCUGACACAAGAAGUCUUAUUAAUCCAACUGCAAUGUAAAUGUAUUGUAUUUUGCAUUCAGACUUUUUGACUCAGGAUGAAUGAACGUUAUGUGUUUUUUCUUAAGGGAGCUGCCACAUAAUAAUGCCUUAAACUUGAUUCAAGACCUCCACAGAUGCUUUGUGUGUCAUUAGUCAUGCAAUCACAGAAAUUACUGACAAAUGUCCAUUCCUCCACUCCUAAAUAUUUAUCUCUCGACCCAAGUGGGAAAAAAACAAGCACUUCUUUCUCUCUUAAGCUCUUAUUUGCACUUUUUUAUGUCUUAUUGUGACUGAAGCCGUCCUACAACAAAAUCCUUGAACAGAAUUUCACCAUUUCUAUUCUUUGAUCGUGUAUUUAUUUUUUUGGUACUCAACAACUUCACUUAAUCACUCCAAAACACUGUUUUCUAUGUUUGAAUGUACCAGAUUUAUUAGGUCAGUUUGCCACGUCGACAGUGCUGUGUAAAUGUGUAAUAUAAAGUACAGUAUUGUGUGAGGUGUUCUUGAAAUACCACGUCUCUCUUAAAAAGCCAAGUAGAAAAGUGCCACAGAAACCUUAAACAGUUGGAUUCUGUCGUUGUGUUGCUGUUCUGAAUGUGAGCGUUUAUUUGUAUUUACUCCUUUACCCUCAAAGUGGCUGUUAUCAACA